AUGGCGGCCUCGCCCGCCAUCGACCCGGGAGAGUCGCUCGAGGCUCUCUUCAAGCGUGCACGCAUUGCCGACAAGUUUUACCGCAAGUGCGAAGGGAAGCUCGAGGACCUGGGCGUGGGCGAUGCUGGCGACCUCCUCACGGUGGUCGCUGUGAAGGGCAUUGCCUCGCUCGGACUCCACGAGCUUCAGGCGGAGAAGCUCCGCCGGACUCUUCUCGGCCGACGGGGCUGGGAGGACGCAGCUGCUGUUGCGGCAUCCUUUGGCGGCCUGUCGCUGGACGACACCCCUGCUGGGGUGGCGGCUGGCGACCAGGCGGCUAGUGGCGCGGCCAGCGCGCCCGCUCUCGACGGCAUGGCCGUCGAUGGCGGCUACGCGAGCGCCGACGAGGAUGCCGGGCCUGCCUCAGGUGGGCUCGCAGCAGCUUCAGGCUCCAAGAAGGAGCCUGGCUGCUCUCGCAGCGGCGCUCGUACGAGCGCUGCUGCUGAGGGCAGCGAGGGGGCGGACACGGAGGGGUGGAAGGAGCUGGUGAAGGCGGGAAAGAUUCUGCUCUUCGACAGGGAUCGGGCGGUGGGAGCCCACGCGGCGCACACCGCAUGUGUCGCCGGGCUCGGAGCGUCGCUCACGGCUGCCGACGCGUUUCACGCGGCCAGCUCGCACAGCUCGCUCGGCGACGCACCCGAAGCCGCCCGGUGGUACGAGAGAGCGCUUCAUCUGCGACCCAGUUUCGCAGAGGCGCGGCUCAACCUGGCCGCGGUCCUCGCCACGCUGCGGAGGCCGGCCGAGGCGGAGGAGUCGUACCGUGCGGCGCUUGCGAUGCGGACGUGGCCACCGAGCGUGGCGGCGGCGGCGCACAACAACCUCGGCGUGCUGCUGCGCGAGGGCGGCCGCACGAGCGAGGCGACCGCCGCCUUCGCCGCCGCUGUGGCUGCCGACCCCACCCUCGCCACGGCCGAAGCGAACCUGGAGGACGCUCGCGGCGACGCCGACGGCUUCCACGGCCUCGUGCGGCGCGCGAGCCAAGCCUUUCGCGAGGCGUCGGGCGCGGAGCCGAGCAGCGGCGGCGGCGGCGGCUACGACGAGGCGAUAAAGCUCUACACUGAGGCGGUGGCGGUGCGGCGGGGCGCGAGGGGUGCGGCUGCGGUGGUCGGCCUUGGCGCGGCUCUGCACGGCGCGGGAAGGCUGGAGGAGUCGGCUGAGGUGCUGCGCGAAGGAGCACGCCUCUCUCCCGCCACGCCUUCGAUGCUCGAGAACCUCGGCGCGGUGAGCGCGGCGCUGGGGAGGUGGGAGGAGGCGGCGGACGCUUGGAGCGCCGCCCUCGCGCAGCGGCGCUCGACAGGCGCCACCGAGCUGCGCAGCGCCGCAGAGGUGUUCGUGCGCGCGCGAAGGCACGAGGAGGCCUUCAGCGCCUUCGCCGCCGCAGCAGCGCGGCAGCCGACCAACUGGCAGCACCACUACGCGCACGCGCACGCCCUCCUCCUCGCCGCCGCGGAGACGGCGCGCUCCUCCGGCUUCUCCGCCGCCGCCGCUCGGCUCAUCGCCGCGCCGGCGGCGGGCGGCGGGGAAAGUCGGACACCGGCGGCGGCGGCGGCGGCUGCGGCGGCGGCGGAGCGGCUGGAGGCGCGUGCGCUUGAGGCGCUAGCUUGCGCGGGGACGGCUGGCGUGAUUGUGUACAAGCUCGGGCCGGCGGCAGCGGAGCUGACCAACCUGGAGGCGUCGGUCUGGCGGCUCGACCGCUACUUCAACGCCGCCCGCCGCUACCCGGUCGUAGUGUUCCAUGAUGAGCCGCUCGCCCGCGCCGUCGAGGCGAGGGUGCACGGCUUCAACCUCUCGUACCGGCUGAUGAUCCGCUGGAAGGCAGGGCUGCUCUGGGGGAUGCCGCAGCUGCGAGGGUACGAGUUCGUCUGGCUGCUCGACACGGACGCCUUCUUGCUCGCGCCGCUCACCUACGACCCCUUCGCACUCCUCGCCGCCUCCAACGCCUCGUACGGCUACGUCGACGUCAACGUGGAGACGGGCGCCGGCGGGCGCGCCGUCGCCGAGGGGCUCGCCGAGUGCGUCGAGGCCUUCCUGCACGCGAGGCGCGGCGGCGGCGGCGGCGGCGGCGGCGGCGGCGGGGGCGGGGGCGGUGCGGAGCCGACGCUGCUUGACUCGUACCGGCGUGGUCCGGGCGGCGGCUGGGACGGGAGCAAGUUCUACACCAACUUUCAGGUUGCACGGCUCGAGUGGGGGCGAUCGGAGGGGUACCGCGCCCUCUUCGACCACGUCGACCGCGCGGGGGGCAUCUUCUCCCGCCGCUGGGGGGCGGACCCCUUCAUGUUCAUCGCCGCGACGCUGCUGCUGCCGGCGCGCGCGAUACUCCACUUCGACGACGUGUCUUACCUGCACCAGCACCUGGUCAUGAACCUGCCCGCCGCUCCGCCGCCAGACCUGACCCCCACGCCGCCGCGCGACCUCGCCGCGACCUCGCGCGAUCUCGCCGCGACCUCGCGCGAUCUCCCUGCGGCGGAUGAGGCGAGCUCGUCCUGCGGCGCGCUCGGAGGGCCUCCUCCUUCGCGAUCUGCGGUGGGGGUGGAGAGUGAGGCAGAGGGGGAGGAGGCGGCGGCGGCAGAGGAGGCGGGAGAGGCGGCGGGAGAGGCGGCGGAGGAGGAGGAGGAGGAGGAGGCGUGGUGGGAGGGGAGCCGCACGCGCUGCGGCGGCGCGCGCCUGCGCCUGACAGCCUGGAGCUACUCGUCACUGCUCGCUGGCGGCGGCGGCAGCGGCAGCAGCGGCAGCAGCAGCAGCGGCAGCGGUGGCAGUGGUGGUGGCCGCGGUGGUGGCAGUGGUGGCAGUGGUGGCGGCGGCGGUGGCGUCGGUGGCGUCGGUAGCAGUGGUGGCGGCGGCGGUGGCGGCGGAGAUGCCGACACGGCGGAGGUGCUGGAGGCGCUCCACGCACUCGGGGUGGUGCAGUGGAGCGAUGAGGCGGGGGUGCGUGCGCUGCUCGGCACGUCGCGCUCGGGCGCGCCGACCUCGAGUGCCGAGUCGCUCCUCGCCAUCGCAGACAGCCUGGAGGCGGCGCUGGGAACUAGGGGCGCCGCGCGGAGGCGGCGGCGGCACCCCCUGGUGAUGCUCUGUGCCCGCGAGGGGGACGCGGGAUCCUUGGCGGCCGCGCUGGCCGUGCGGCUGCUCGAGCUCGACGCGAUCAACGCGUGCGACGAGGCGUUUGGGUCGCGAGCGUUGCAGGCGACGAGGCCGUUGGCGUUGCCUGGUGUUGCCGCCGCGCGCAGCCCCGCAGCAUAUCGGCAACUCGACAGCGCGGCGUGCAGAACAUCGACGUAG